AUGCAGAAACCUCUCCUUCCAAAUAAGGCUUGGAAUGCCAUAUUUGGGUUGCAAGGUAAAUGAGAUUCUCAUUUUAUUUUCAGUUUAUUUCUCAUCUAUUCGCUUAACGCUUCUUUCCUUUCUUUGCUUUCGGAAUAUCCCUGAGCGCCCAUUUUAGAUUUUCAAUCAUUUGGAAUACACAAUUUGAAGACAAAGCAAGAGUAGAGAUGGAGGGGGACUUCAAUCAAUCGAAAGGAGAUGAGGAUGACCCCUUCACAACCUUUUGUUUUCCUUUUUUUUUUCAUUUUGUUGGCUCUGACGAAGGGCUAACGCUCGGAACGUCAGCUUUGAAACUCUUCUCAAUGGCCAAUUUACGCUAUCAACUCAGUUAAUAAUACCAAAUUACUCUGUUAUACUCUUCCACCGACGCAGCACCAUAGUUUCUUUAGAAACUUAACCUCUUUAUUUUUCUCUUUUUUUAUGCUACUCUUUGCAAGGACAAAGACAACGCGCAGAAACGAACGUGGUGAUCACGAUAGUUUAUUUUAUUCUUGCAAUGUUCUUAAAUCUUGCAAUGUACUUAAAUGCUUCUAAGGCCUGGAAGUUGAACUUAUAACUUUUCCUGGAUUCUUUAACGGCCAUUUUUCCACUGAUGUUAUCCACGACACCAUGUAUUUACGAAGCAUUUACCGAGACUGUUCAAACGAUAUUACGUCUGCAACAAAGGUAAUUUGACUCAGAGAGACAAAGAGGGUAAUUGGAAGCAAGAGGUAGCCUGAUUUACAGUUUGCCACAAGUGGCUACCGGAAAAUUACAUCAAAAAAUGUUUCCACCAUUUUUCAAUAUCUUUUUAACCUUUUGUGGGCCCUCGGUCGCGGAGGUAUGUGAAAGAGCGGGCUAACGACGAACAGCGACCGAGAUUGUCUGGGAAACAAUUGCAUGUUUUUUUUUUUAACUAGUCCCCAUCUGCUUUUCUGGCUUGUUUCUUCUGAAGGAAAGCCUGGUAAGGCUAUACUUCCUUGAAAAAGUGAUGUCAUAAUGACCAAGCAUACUUCUUUCACUUGUGUUUUGCUUUUUAAAAAUAAUAAUAAUAAUAAUAAUAAUAAUAAUAAUAUAAUAAUAAAUUUUAAAAAAAUUGUCAUCUAUAACUGUCAACCAUAAUAAUCAGAUUUUAAGUUCCUUUCUUCAGGUUUCGAUAUUGACAUGCAAGUCAUUUAACACACAGAUUCUGUGUUGCCAUGUACCUGUUCAGUUACAGAUCAAAGAUGACAAAAAUGCCGUAAGAACAAAAAAAGUGGCACAUGAUGGGAAGUUGUGUGUAUCAAUGAUGUGACAGAGACUCUGAUCCGACACAUACUCAGAUCUAUGAUUGAACAGAUGCACAGCAACAUGGAAUCCUUUUCUUUGUAUGACUGAAGGAGCAAAUUAAUUAGGUUGCCCUGACUAAGCUGGCAAUCUACAUAAGAGCUCUCAAGAACUUAGUACUGUAACAUAAAAAUAUCACAUUACAAUUGAACAUAAAUUUAUGUAAGAGGAAGUAAUAUAACAGAUACUCUACCAUGAAUUUUCUCAAGGGAUUGGUUAAGCCAGCUAUGGAGACCUAACCCAUAAUGAAUUCAAUGUGAGCCUACAUGCUCAGGCAGCAAUAUGCCCAGUUUGCAUGUGUCAUUGUGGAUGAAAGAACAGUAGCCUGUUAGCCUGUUAACCUUCACUCUGAUGAAGGGCUGACACUUGAAACGUCAGUUUUUUUACCCUUUACAGUGGCUAAUUUACAUUUUCAACUUAGUUGUUAACACUAAAUUACCUGUUACAAACUCAGUCUAUGAAAAUGACAAAAAAGCACAUUUCAUAAAAAAUCCAAGGAAACGAAGGAGGUGAUCUCAUAACUCUUUCCCCAACCUGCUCUGAGCAUUUUCACCUGCGUUCUCUUUAAACCUUUAACUCCCGUGAGUGACCAAGACAAAAUUUUUCCUCACAAUAUCCAUACAAUAUCAAGCAGACAAGGGAUGAGAACAAAGAGAAGAAUAAAGUAGGGGAUUAUUAUUUGAUCUAA